UUAGAUAGAGAGAGAAAGAGAGAAAAGGAAAUACAAACGUCCGAUUCAAUUAGGUUCUCUGUGUCUCUCUCAACUGCCAAAAACAUUUGAAAGUCCAUUCUCUCUAUCCUUCUCUCUUACUUCUCCGUGAUCUCUCCUAACCUUACUUGUUAAAUCUCCACUAGAUCUCUCUCGCCCUACUCAGACUUGCUCAAGCAGUUUGUGAAUGGAUGCCAUCAGGAAACAAGCGACAAAGCUAAGAGAGCAAGUAGCUAAGCAACAACAGGCUGUCUUCAAGCAGUUUGGGGGACAUGGAGGUUCAGAAUUCGGUAGUGAUAAUGCAGAUGUUCAGCAGCAUCAAAAACUUGAAAGGCUUUACAUAUCUACUCGUGCUGGCAAGCAUUUUCAAAGGGAUAUAGUUCGUGGUGUUGAAGGUUAUAUUGUUACAGGGUCCAAACAGAUAGAAAUAGGUUCAAAACUGUCAGAAGAUAGCAGGAAAUAUGGUGCCGAAAAUACAUGUACCAGCGGCAACACGUUGUCAAAAGCUUCAUUAAGUUAUGGACGGGCUCGUAGUCAAAUGGAAAAGGAGCGCAGUAAUCUGCUGAAAGCCCUUGGUACACAGGUUGCUGAGCCAUUAAGAGCAAUGGUAAUGGGAGCUCCGUUGGAGGAUGCUCGACAUCUUGCUCAACGAUACGAUAGAAUGCGACAAGAAGCUGAAGCCCAGGCUAUUGAGGUCUCCAAACGUCAAACUAGAGCGAGGGAAUCAACAGUAAGUGCUGACUAUUGUGUAAAACUUGAAGCUGCUGAAGCAAAACUGCAAGAUUUAAAGUCCAACAUGGCAAUAUUAGGGAAGGAAGCUGCUGCAGCAAUGUCUGCUGUGGAGGCUCAGCAGCAACGGUUAACACUCCAGCGCCUUAUUUCAAUGGUUGAAUCCGAGCGCACUUUUCACAAUAGAGCCCUCCAGAUACUUGAUCAGCUUGAAGGCGAGAUGGUAUCAGAGCGCCAACGGAUUGAAGCAUCUCCCACACCAGCUGUGGACAACUCUAUGCCACCUCCUUCAUAUGAACAAGUAAAUGGUGUGUUUGCUUCAUCUGCAUAUGAUGGAGUAACAGAUAGCAUUAGUUACUUUUUGGGCGAGGUUGUACAUUCAUACCUAGCCGAGUCCAGUGUGGAGCUGAAUUUAUCAGUUGGUGACUACGUUGUCGUACGAAAGGUAGCGAACAAUGGUUGGGCAGAAGGUGAAUGCAAAGGAAGAGCAGGUUGGUUUCCUGCUGGAUUCGUUGAAAGACGUGAACGUGUUCUUGCAAGCAAGAUGGCUGAAGUAUUUUGAUAACCUAUCUUGCAUAAAAUUGAUUUUUACGGAGGAAGAAAAACUUGGCAUCAAUACUGUGUGCAUAUCUUCGAUUUUCCUGUUCUUCUUUUUGUUAAUCACUUGAAAAGGUAGAGCGCGCAUGCAACAGUUUUUCCUGUGAAGAGAAGUAUGUUAUAUGUGAUAUAUAGAUAGAUCUGUAAUGUUGUAAGUUUUUUUUUUCCUUUCAUAUUAUAUUUAUUUUGUUACACAAUUCAUCCUCUUUUUAGUUGGGGUGACAAUCUGUUUUUGUUGUUUCCUCCAUUUGCCAAAUAUAUUGUUGAUAAUUCACAAGUGAAGAGACUAAUAUUGAGUGGCU